AAAACCCGAAAAUGACUAAAAUUACCCUUUUCCCUUCUUCUUCUUCUUCUUCUUCGUCAAUGCGUCGUCCUUCGUCUAUCAUCUCUGUCUAGGGCUACAGUUCUCCGUCUUCACCUGAUUGCUGCCAAUCAUGUAUAGUAAUAAGCACUCGGAACAGGCUAAGGUGGAGCAGAUCAUUACUGAGUUUUUCCCCAAGAGCCUUCACGUAAUACUCGAAUCUAGGUGCCCUUAUGCUUCAUCACGGAAUUACAGUGGUGAGCAGUGUGUCUCCUCACCCUCCUCUUCAUCUUCAUCCACAUCCAGUGUUAGACCUAGAGACAAAUGGUUCAAUUUAGCACUCAAAGAUUGUGCUGCAGCCCUUGAGAACAUUGAUUUUUGGAGGCAAAGUAACCUCGAUCCUAUGAUCGUGGACGUGGUUCUAUUGGAAAGACCUAAUGCUAGGAGUUUUUCUAAAGAAAAGGAUUGGAUUUCUGAGCGUGAUGAGUUUUCUGGGAAGGCAAAGGAGAAGAUUGUUGAGAGAUGGAUGAUACAGUAUGAAGGCAGAGAUAGUAAGAAGAGGUCUAGUAGCUGUACUAGUUCACAGAUUGUUUAUAAGAACAUUGUCCUAUUGCUAAGGUCAUUGUAUGUCACUGCUCGGAUUUUACCCGGUUAUAAGUUUUACCGGGACCUCACUUCAUCUGCCCAAAUCAGAACGUAUAACCUUUGUUCAAGAGUUUCAUCAUUUGCUGAACCAUUCACUCAUAGACAGGAAGCUGAAAUGCAACAAUUUGUGUUCACCCCAGUGGAAACAUCUUGCGGAAGGCUUUGUAUUUCAGUUUGGUAUUGCUCAUCCAUUUCUGAUGUCAGUUCUGAACCAUCAACACCGCUCUCUCCCCAAUUCAUACCGGAUUAUGUAGGCAACCCAAUGGCGGAGCCACUUAAGCAGUUCCCUUCUGGACCAAUUCCCCAGUCAUUGUACCCUCUUGAAAGGCGUCAUAGUUGGAGUUACGAUUUAUAUAGAGCAUCACCACCACCUUCACCCACCUACUCUGAACCACAGGCUUCGAUUAACCAAACACGGGCCACUUGUCUCCCUCCACCAACCAGUAGACCACAAGUUCAUACAAAGAAUACUAGCUUUGAUGAGUACUGGCCAUCCCCUACAAUCUCAACAUCACCUUCUCUCUCACCAUCACCUACCUAUGCUCCUACUGGUGUUAGUGGCAUCGGGAAGGCCCUUUUACGCUUUGGAAGUGCUCCUGUCAGAAUACCUGACUCCAGGCUUUUGGGUGUUCCUUUUCGGUUCUACAAUCAGCUAUUGGCCCCUUCUCCGCCACUGAAAGGCGUCAGACCUACUUCUGCAAAAACAGAUAAGAGCAGCUCUUUGGCUGCCAAGUCUUUCUCACCUGGAAAAGAUGAUGGCGACAAAUUGUGUAUGGUGAAGGUGACACAGACAAACAUUUCGCCACAGAAAUCCUUCUCUAGAAGCUCUAGCCGGUUGUCAUAUCAGGAUGAGUACGAGGAUUCUGAGUUUUCUGGUCCGUUUGUUGUGGAUGAUGAUGAUGGUGAUAUGACAGACCAUGGCAACAGAAGUUUUUGUCGGUUGGGCCGGGCCGGACCGAAGCCCGCGGGUAACCAUGCGGGUAGGGCUCAGGCUUCAAUUGUUAGGCCCGUUAUACGGGCCGGGUCGGGCUCGGGCCUAGGAAAUUCUCGUAAAGUAGUGUCUUGGCCCGGCCCGAAACCCGGCCCUGCCCGCACUUUGAUCAGGUCUACUCAAAAGUAAGUUACUCGAAUGCAUGUAAUAUAAUUGUUCGCCUUUGUUUCCACGAGACCACAACUAUUGUAUCAUUUUCACUUUUGGUCCAUAUCUUUCAUCUUUUUCACUCAUGGCGUGUGACUAGAUUUUAUGUCCACUGCCACUGUUGCUAAAAGAGUACUUUUUUUACAAUGGUUUAGCUUUGGACAAAUAAAGAACUAAAUCAAAAUGGCACAUUAGACUUCCCGUGCUUCUUACUUCUUGUGAAGUUUUGGGCAGAUAACAAGAUUCGUAGCCACUUUUGGUCAUUCUGAACAUUUAUCUGCAACCAGAAAUGACCAAAAGUGUCCAUAGUCAUGCACCGGAAGUGGAAAAAAUGAAAAAGUGAGAAUGAGCCAAAAUAGUCAUGGAACAAAAAAUGGAACUUUAACUUAGAAUUUGUUCAUUAGAGCAAACAAGGGAGCCACAUGAACCCGGAGGAGGCAGUGCUUGUGUGGUGGCAAGGAAGCCGCCCCAAGCUUCUGUGGGCACACUUAUUUCCAUGCUAAAGAAGGCCCCUCCCUUACGCCAAGACUCGUCUUCUUCUUCUUCUGUGACCAUAAAUCCUACUACCCCUACUACUUGUAAUGUUGCAUCUCCUGCCAACAUCAUCACAUCUAAAACCACAACAGACGCAUUAGAGGAGCUGCGUGUGUACAGAGAGAUGAAAGACUUGCUGCUUAAGCAAGGUCGAAAGUCUCAAAUGUCGUAGUUGGCCCUUUUGCUCUGUGUUUUUUUGGUCUUAUGAUAAUAAUUUCUCAAAGCCUUCAAACUUUUAUUUGUAUUAUAUUCAAAUAUGGCUGAUAUCUCUUAUUAUGGUGAGCAUGAAUCUCUCUUAGAAAAAGAACAUGCAAUGUAAGCUGAAUUGUUCAUGAGAAUAUAUAUAAGGAGAGAGGAAGAGAGGAAAAAAGGAUGAGGAUGGUUUCAACAGUACAUAUAUUGUAAAUACUGGUUUCACAGUUUGUGUAAAUAUAAUCAAUAGCUAUUCCUGGU